AUGGACCACAUACCCGACGAAAGCCAAUGGGGGACGGCGCCCGAGCUUGAGCCCGAUCGCACCUGGAAAGCACCCGAGGUUCUUAUCCUUUGCACAUCCAUCUUCCCUGAAGUUUCUUCCUCAGCCAGCGCUUAUGAUGUAGCCAACCGCAGGUGGUAUGAGCUCAACAUAGACACGGUUGUGCGAGAUGCAGAAGACUGGAUGUCUGAUGUGAUCACCAAGCACAUCAAAGCUUCUCACUCCAAGCAUGGGACACUCCCCGACUUCAAUGUUAUAAAUACCACACGUGAAGAAUCUACGACGACCUUUGAGAAAAAGCCAAACCGAGUGGUUGCUAGACCAAUCAAGGGCAAUUUUUGCUAUUCUCGGGGCGAAUCGGACAUUUUGCCCACCACCACGUUCGACCAAAUUAAGAAUAAAGUUCAUCUGAAUUGCUCGGCUGAUCGUUGCACUUGGGAGGGGAUUGAAUGUGUGUUUAAACGUGUCGAGUUUCAGGAAGACUUGGAAGCUAUGGAACGCGAAAUCAGACAAAGAGAGAAGUUGCUUAGGGCGCUUGAUGAGGAUCCCAAGACAGGCUUCACGACAAUCCAGAGUCGUUUUCACGUUUUGCCCAUCCUUGCUGUCGUGCUUAAGUCUUCAGACACGGAUGAAGUUUUGGGAUUGUUGAUGCCGUAUGGAGGACAGAGUUUGGAAGACCUCGCUGGCAGAUACCAGUAUGGCAUGGGGUACCGCGGCGAUGACGAAGAUGAGGAAGGAGAGGCCGACAGCGAAGCUAGGAAGACUGACGAAGUUGCUUUGCAACCAGCCUCACUCCCACGGCUGCAUAUCACAGAGACUCAAAUCCAAGCAUUGGUGGUAGCUUUGUGGGAGCUUGCUCGCGCCGGGGUUGUUCAUGGUGACAUUACGGAUAGAAACACUCUUUGUAUGGAAGAUGGGCAGUUGGUUUUCAUUGACUUAGGCGGUGUGGCCCCGGAUUACCAAGGAGAUUCGCAUGCCAUGGGACUCAUGAUAACAUGGGCGCUUGAGCGGGUGGAUUGGGGUGUUCCGACCAUGGAACGGGUCCGUAAGGUUGGCCGUUGUCUUGAGAGCAUCGCAGAUCAAACGUAG